AUGGCACCACCGAGAAGAAAGCAUGGAGGAAAAGCUGGUAAACCAGCACAGGAAGAUGAAGCCAUAGCUGCCUAUGACUUUCAGGAGGAAAGAAAAGAGCUGAGUGGAUCAGAGGAAGAUAUUAGAGAAGGUGAAACACCAAUAAUGGACAAGCAUGGAAAGAAAAGAGCCUUGGUGACUACUCAUGUGGUUCCAGAUGAUGUGGGGGGUGAAGUACAGAAUAUGCUGGAAAGAUUUGGAGCUGACAUUAACAAGGCUCUCUUAGCUAAGAGGAAAAGAUUAGAAAUGUAUACAAAAGCCUCACUCAAAACCAGCAACCAGAAGAUUGAACAUGUUUGGAAAACACAGCAGGAGCAAAG